ACAUAGUUGUCUAUCAGUAGAUUGAUUCUAGUUCCUUCAAAAUCUUACGAGAAUAAGAUCUGCUAUAUACAUGGUAUAUUUGGUUUCUCAAUUCUGAAUAGGUCACCUAAUCUGAAAGAAUUGUUUCUCUUUUAUCUUUAUUCUUUUGAAUAAAUUUUAUUUAGAAAAAUUUUAAUUCCUGCAGCUAUGGCUCGACAUUUAUUCCCUGUGCAAUUAAAAAUAACUUUUUUUACUGCGACUGAAUUGCCUGAAAUGAUGACUGAUUUUUUAGCAACUGUUUCAAAAAAAAUUCUUCAAUCAGACACAUGGGAACCAGCUGAUCCUUACGUUGAGAUUACGUAUGAUGCAAUGACAGCAACAACAGAGGUUCGUAAUGGUACAACACCUGUUUGGGGUGAAGCACUUUAUUUAAUUGGACGUUUUCCACCACUUAUACGAACAAUUAAAAUAGCUCUUAAAGAUCGUACAGCUAUUAAAAAAGAUCGUAUUAUUUCAUCAUUUUUUAUUGAUCUUUUUUUAAUAAGUGAAAGUAAUCCAUCAGCUGGUUUUUUACCAACAUUAGGUCCAACAUGGAUGUUUUUAUAUGGAAGUCCAAGAGAAUAUACAAUAAGUAAAGAUAAAGAUGGUCUUAGCGAAGGAAUGGGUGAAGCUGUCUGUUAUAAAGGACGACUACUUAUGGCUAUUGAUUGUCAUGCAGUUAGUGGAGAAAAUACAUCAAACAUGAAUGUACAAAAAGAAACUGGUAUACAAUUUCCUGAAGAACAUAUAUUUCCAAUGAAACGUUCAUUUCUCUUAUUUGGUUGUAUUUAUGAUGUCAGUAUGAUUGAUAAAUCAUUUGUUAGUAGAACAAUUUCUUUUGAAUUAAGUAUUGGUUCAAGUGGAUAUUUAAAUCCACAACAAUUAACUACUGCAAUUAAUAAUCCUGUUUCAUCAUUAACAUGUGCUUAUCCACGUGUUUCAAUUGAUAAUAAUAAAGGUUAUUUUCGUUUACCAAUUAAUUUACAAAAACCAAUAUUAUUUACAAAAUAUAUAUUUCAUGAUUAUAUUUAUCGUAUGACAUUAUCAAAUCGUCUAAAAAAUGCAUCUGAAUAUUUGUAUAAACAAAUUCGUGAAUUUGAAUCGAAAAUUAAUUCUAAAGUGUCAAAUGAAAUUCUCAUGAAAGAAUAUAGAAAAAUCGAACAUUAUGUUCAUACAUUACCGUGUGGAUGUGCUGAAAAAACAAACGAUCAUGAAAAUUCAGGUAUUACAUCUGUAGUUCAUCCGACUUUAUACGAAUUAUUAGAUUCUCCUUCGACAAAUAUUAAGAUAAAUCAAUUAGAUAUUAAACGGCAUAAAAAGAUUCUUAACAAUAUGCAAUCAAUUAAAGCCUGGGUUUCAAAAGAAAUUAACUUUGAUGAAUCAAAACGAUAUGAAAUCGUUAAAGAAUUAAAUAAAAUAGCUCGUGCAUUUCGGCAAAUGGCUACUGAUGCACAACCAUCUUUACCUGAUAUAUUUUUAUGGAUGAUAUGUGACUCAAAACGAGUAGCUUAUGCACGGUUUCAACCUGAAGAUAUUUUUUUUAAUUUAUGUAAAGGUGAAAAAGGUUUAUAUAAUGGUCGUGUACAAACUAUUUUUCUUAAAACAUCAUAUUCAACAGAUAAACCACAAAAUUCAUCAAUAAAUGCGAAAGUACAAAUCUAUCUUUGGCUUGGAAUUGAAGAAUAUGAACCAUUGAUAUUUACACACUUACCUGCUGGUUUUGAUAUGCCACCAUUACCAUUACAUCCUCAAUCGAAAUUUAUAAGAUAUAAUGAACGAAUUUUUUAUGAAUUACGAUGUCAUUGUUAUAAAGCAAGAGCAUUAAUUGCUGCGGAUGCAACAGGUUUAUCAGAUCCUUAUUUAAGUAUUACAGUUGGUAAUGAAACACAAACAACUCCAAUUCUCUUGGAAUCAUUAUGUCCACAAUGGAAUAUAACGUUAGCUUUUCGAAAUUUGGUGCAUGUUGGAACUCGAGAAACAGCUGAGGAAAUUAUUGGAAAUGUUGUUGUCGAAUGUUAUGAUUCUGAUGAAGUAAGUAGACAGUUUAAAAGUGAAAAACGUAUGUCAAUAGUGUGA